AUGUGCGGCAGCUACUACAGAAACUACUAUGGCAGCCCUUGCUGUGGAUACGGUGGUUAUGGAGGCCUGGGCUAUGGCUACGGAGGCCUGGGCUGUGGCUACGGAGGCCUGGGCUGUGGCUAUGGAGGCCUGGGCUAUGGCUACAGAAGCCUGGGCUGUGGCUACGGAGGCCUGGGCUGUGGCUAUGGAGGCCUGGGCUGUGGCUAUGGAGGUCUGGGUUGUGGCUAUGGCUACCGCAGACCAGGCUGUGGUUAUGGAUAUGGAUCCCGCUCUCUCUGUGGCUAUGGAUGUGGCUCUGGCUAUGGCUCUGGCUUUCACUGCUGCUAUUGA